UAGAUGAAUAUUACAGUGCAUGAAGCACGUCACUUGGCUGGUGUAAACAUCGAUGCAGUUGUGUACCUAGAAAUUGAUGGGAAGAAGAAACACACUAGCACUCAAAAAUCAACUAACUGCCCAACAUAUUCUGAGGAUUUUCUUUAUGAAUUUUUUGAAGCUCCCGAUGUAAUGAUGGACAAGAUAUUGCAGAUUUCAGUUUAUUCUGCUAAUGCGGCACUGUUCAAGAAGUCACUUAUAGGAUCUUUCAAGAUAGAUGUAGCAACAAUAUACAACCAAAAAGACCAUAUGUUCCAUAAUAAAUGGGCUGUCCUCACAGAUCCAGAUGACAUCACUGCAGCCAUCAGAGGCUAUGUAAAAUGUGAUGUCAUACUAACUCAGAAGGGAGACAGUGUGGCAGCAUCGGCAGCAUCUAAUUACUCCAAUUAUAUUGAAAGGAACUUAAUGCUGCCAAAAGGAAUUCCAGCAGAAAGACCUUGGGCAUCUAUUUGUAUUAGGAUUUAUAAGGCUGAGGGUCUUCCCAAAAUGAACUCAGGAAUUAUCUCAAAAUUUAUAGGAGAAGGCAAAGUCUUCAUAGACCCAAAAGUGGUGGUCAUAUUCAAUGGCCAGCAGGGGCAGACUUCAGUGGUUAAGAAUUCAUCAGAACCAGUUUGGAAUGUGCAGAUCACAUUCACACAGCUGUUUCCCCCACUGUGCAGGAGACUUAAAAUCCAAGUACAGGAUAAUGCAAGCACAGGGGACACUGUUCUAGCAACUCACUAUAUUUACAUGAAACAGAUCUGUGAUGAUGGACCUGAAGCAGGUUUUAUGCCUACCUUUGGACCUUCAUGGAUCAAUUUGUAUGGUUCUUCACAAAAUACCACAAUGAACGAUGACCAGCAGAGCAUUAAUGAAGGCCUUGGUGAAGGCACAUACUACAGGGGCCGAAUCCUUGUGGCAGUUCACAUGGGAGUGUAUGGCAUAUCACCCACGAGGAUGAAGACUAAAAAGGACAACAGUAUGUUUAACAAGCUGAAGAAAAUAACAAAAGUAAAGACAAAUGAUACAAGCAGUGGUGAGUCCGCAAAAGAGCAAAAUGAAACAGAACAGCCAACAUCAAUUCAAGUUGAAAAUGAAGAUAUCUAUCCCCUACCUGAGGAUUCUUUAAGCAAGCAAGAAGAAUUUUUGCUAAGAGCUGCUAUUCUGGAAGUUACAAUGAUUAAUAAGAGUGUUGGACUCAAGACAAUCUCUUUUGAAAUGUCAAUAGGUAACUUUGGCAAGACAGAGGAAGGGUCAACAUCUGUGCAGGAGAAAAAAAAGCAACGCAAGAGCUCAAAAGGUGAUGACAUCUGGCUUUUGAUGGAAUCUGCUUCAGGAGAUGAAUGUGACAGUAACAUAUGCAGCACAUAUCUGCCAUGUAAUUCAGUCACUCCAGAAUGUGCUCCACAAGUGACUGAAAAUGAAAGCUCUUUCUACUGUAUACCAUAUCAUGAUGAAAAGCCAUGUCUUUAUGUUUGGAGCAGAUGGGAAGCUCAGAUCUGGAGACUCUACAACUGCAAUGCACUUUUGCAAGUAGCAGAUGUAUUGGAGGAGGAGAUUAAAGAGACUGAGAAAUCAUUGAGAAAGGAGAAGCCGGAUACUGUAAAAAGAUUAUUUCAGACACUUGAAGCACUGAAGAUAAUGUGCAGAGCUUACCUGGUUUUCACAGGGAAACUUGUUAUGACGAGACCAACUUUGCUGGACAGGAAAAGGCAAAAGUCACUAAACUAUCAUAUUGAAAAGGUAAUUGAAACAGCCAGUGAACUUCAGGAAAGUAUAAAUGCUGAAGACGUACGACAAGUUUUAUUCAAUGCAAAAAGCAUUUUAAAGGAGUUACGGUGGUGGGUUGAAGAGCCACAAGAUACAAUUCCAGACAUAAUAAUAUGGAUGAUGAGCAACAGCAAACGAGUUGCAUACACACGUAUUCCUGCUCAUUCAGUCUUAUAUUCUAUUGUUCAACAGGAAAGAGGAAAAGACUGUGGUAAAACCCAGACCGUAUUUCUAAAGGCCCCAGGAUUACAAGGCAUGGUAUUUGGUCAAUUGGAAAUUAACAUGUGGCUCGGAUUAUCUAAGUAUACCAAGAACAGCUUGAGUACUCUUCCUGAAGGAUUUAAACCAAUUUAUGAGAAUAUUUCAGAGACAGAGACAGCAACGCAAACAAAAAUGCCUAUAAAACUCAUCAGCGAAGAUCAGACUUUCUUCCAAAUGAGAGUUCACAUAUAUCAGGCUCGAAGCUUGCUAGCUGCAGAUGACACUGGCCUAUCAGAUCCCUUUGCGAAAGCAUCCUUUUCUGUGUACUGCCAGUCAACCAAGGUAAUCAAGAACACUUGCUCUCCCACCUGGAAUGAGACUUUGCUGUUUGAUCACAUCUCCGUUGAAGGCAGCAGAUUGGAAUUCCAAGCAGAUGCCCCAGCUGUUUGCAUUCAGAUGUUUGACUACGACAAAUUUGGUGCACCAGACUACCUGGGGCAGUGCUUUGUUUUCCCCGUUGUGUUUCUGCAUCAAGAUAAAUAUCGGCCGCCAAGGCUGCAGAUGUAUGACAUUCUGAGAAACUCAAAACAUGCUGGAGAGCUGCUAGCAGCAGCAGAAUUAAUUGAGCUGGAUUAUUCAAGUUUUGGAGAGCCUCAACUGCCAGAAGAUGUUUAUCCUCAAGAAAUGGAGAAGGAUGGAGACCAAAGAUUCUUCAUACCAGAUGGGAUUCGUCCUCAUUUAGAACCAUAUAGAAUUGAGGUUUUACUGUGGGGAUUAAGAGAUCUGAAGAAUAAUCCAAUUUUACCCACAAAACAGCCUAAAGUAAACAUUGAGUGUGCUGGAAGGAUCCUAGAAUCCUGUCAAAUUGAAAACUACAGUAGCAAGCCAAACUUUCAAAACAUGGUGAAUUCAUUUGAAGUGGAGAUUCCUGAAGAUCCUGAACUUCAGCCGCCUGUUACUAUCUUAGUCAUAGAACAGCGACUCUUUGGUGGAAUUUCUCUAAUUGGCUCCUGCACUGUCGCAUCACUUGAGCGAUUCAUGUAUGGAACUAAAAGAAAUGAUAAAAAGCGAAAGUCCUCUAACACUGAGAUGUGCUGCUAUGAAGUUUGUGACACAAAAGACUAUGCUGCAACUACUGACCGAAGCCUAAGUCUAAUGAAUGUGAAUACAGCGCAGAAAAUGGAAAAUAAACCUGAGAAAAUUACAACCAAGGAGGAAGCUAACAUCAAUGACCAGGAAGAAGAAACUGAUGAUUCUGAACUAGACUGGUGGUCCAAGUACUAUGCAUCAAAGGAGCAACUUAAUGCUGACAUUCAUGCUGAAAAGGAGAUGGGCUGUUCCACAGCAGAGAAUGAAGAACAAGAAAUCACAGAAAGUAAAAGUAUACAAAAUGAGGCAUCAUCUCACACAUCUAUUGCUACUCUUCAGAUCUAUGGCCAUGAAUUGGAAAAGGAGUUUGAUAACUUUGAAGACUGGCUACAUAGGUUUCCCUUGUACAAAGGGAAAAUUGAUGAGGAAGAAGGAGAUACCGAGGACCGAACUGCUGGAAUAUUUAAGGGUUUAUUUUGCAUUUACCCAAAUCGAAUGUAUCAAGAAGAGCAAUACAAGAUACUGAAGGGCAUCCCAUCUAAUAGCCCCCUGCAAGUGUUAGUCCGCAUCUAUGUGAUUCAGGCAACCAGCCUGACUCCUGCAGAUCCAAAUGGGAAAGCUGAUCCAUAUGUCAGUGUCCAAUUAGGAAAGAAUGAGUUUUCCAGCAAAGAGCGUUACAUCCCAAAACAGCUGCAUCCUGUCUUUGGAGAGUUUUUUGAAAUGACUGCAGACUUUCCAUUAGAAACAGAGCUGAGUGUUUCCGUUUUAGACCAUGAUUUAGUGGGUACUGAUGACCUCAUUGGAGAAACAAAGAUUGACCUUGAAAAUCGCUACUAUACCAAGUACUAUGCAACCUGUGGCCUACAGAAGACAUAUAGUAUGUCAGGAUACAAUGCCUGGCGUGAUUCAAAGAAACCAAAGCAGAUAUUGGCAAAAGUCUGCAGAGAUAAUGAUUUGCCAGAACCAGUUUAUCGACAUAAUGAUGUCAGAAUCGGAAACCAAGUCUUUCUAACUGGUCCAGAACAUAUUCCUCCAAAUAAGAGUGGUAGUAAGAGUGAAGAAGAAAAGGAAGAAAACAAAGCGCUGUCUGUCCUUCACAACUGGAGCCACAUGCCAGUAGUUGGCUUUGAACUUGUACCAGAACAUGUGGAAAUUCGAUCUCUCUACAAACCUGAAAAACCUGGACUGGAGCAAGGCAAGAUUCAUAUGUGGGUGGACAUAUUCUCAAAAGAAAUAUCACCUCCACCACCAGUUGAUGUGUCACCAAGAAAAGCUGUCAGUUAUGAAUUGAGAGUAACAAUAUGGAAUACUGAGAAUGUCAUUUUGGAUGAUGUCAAUCCAAUGACAGGUCAAAAGUCUAGUGACAUCUAUGUGAAAGGCUGGAUUAAAACCAUGGAUGAUGAGAAACAAGAGACUGAUGUACAUUUUAACUCAUUUACUGGAGAAGGAAAUUUCAACUGGAGAUUUAUAUUUCAUUUUAAUUUCUUGCCAUCGGAAAAGCAAAUUGUCUACAAGAAGAAAGAUUCCAUUUUUUGUUUGGAGGAGUCAGAAUAUCGUGUCCCUCCAGUGCUCAUGCUUCAGGUUUGGGACUAUGAUCAAAUAUCAGCUAAUGACUUCUUGGGUUCUAUUGAAAUAGAUCUAACAAAGAUGGUGCCAGGUGCUAAGUCAGCAAAGCAAUGUACUCUUGCUAUGGCUGUUAAACUGGAGAAGGGCCGAACUGUGUCCAUUUUCAAAAAGAAAAGAGAAAGAGGAUGGUGGCCAUUUAUACGACUCAAAGAAGGGAAAGAAGACAUUGCAGAAAAUAAAAAAUCACAGAAGAGAAAGAAAAAGAAAAAAAAAGAAAAAAAAAACAGGAAAUUGAAGGAGGUGAGCAAAACUCAAUGUUCAGGGAAUAAGUACAUUAGAGCAGGGAAAGUAGAGGCAGAGUUUGAGCUACUUACAACAGAAGAAGCUGAGAAGAAUCCAGUAGGCCUAGGACGAAAGGAACCAAAUCCACUUAAUAAACCAAACCGUCCAAAUACAUCUUUGUCUUGGUUGAUAAUCCCUAUCAAAGGCUGCUAUUUCUACAUCUGGAGAAACUAUAAGAAAUAUAUCAUUUCAGCAGUCUUCAUUCUGCUGCUGCUGGCAUUUCUCAUACUAUUCAUUUAUACAGUUCCUGGCAGCCUAUCCAAUAAACUGAUAAAUGGUUAAUAAUAUAGCUUCAUUUAACAAUUGUAGUGGCAUAUAAAACUCAACAUGCAAACUGACAAUCAUUUAAAUAUUUAAUGUCAGAUUUCUCCCUUUGUUACGGUAACAAGUUUGUAGUAGCCAUAUAAACUGCUAAACUAGGAGUAAAAGUGGGCACAUAAUAUGUAGGAAUUAUAUGCUAAGCUGUUGCAAUGUAUGUACCUCAUUCUGUCUUGUAUUACCGUGACGUGCCAUGUACCAAAUGUAUGUGCCAGGUAUCAGUGCAGUAUAUACACAAAUGAUUUUUUUUGUUUCCAAUUUGCCAUAUCACAUUUUUAUAUGUGUUGAGUACUAAAGAUAGCUCUGUGGAAUAGAGUCCCAGUAUUCUAAAACAAGGCAACAAUUCAUAACGCAAACCACUGGUUUCAUUUAAAAUAUUUAUUAUGCAUUGCUUAAACUGACUUAUUGGGUUAAUUAACUUGUUUGAUAAAAUUAUGUUAUCCAGCACAUACUGACAUCUGCUACAUAUAUUUGUUAUUCUACACUGGAAGAGGUAUUCUUUCAGCAUUUAUGUGUUGAUAUUUAUUGGAUUGAAAAUGUCCUGAGUACUUGGUACUUCAACUGUUAAUUACAAGUAUAAUAAAUGUCACUGUAGUGUUAAAUACUGACUGUGUCACUCAGGGCUAUCUCAGUUUUUCAUAAGUUUUAAGAAAGUAUUUUGUUUAUGAACUAGAACACUGGACUCCAGCAUAAGAAACCACAGAUCAAGACAACACUGUGGCUUCAGAAUUUUAUCAUGGCCAAUGUCAUAGGAUGACAUUGGGGAAAUCAAUAAAUUAUUAUUUUAAGGAGCUGCUGUGUUGU